UCUGGGCACCACACAGGACAAACCUGGGUGGAACAUAUUGAAUGUAAUGGACUAGAGGAUGUGUUGUCACAGUGUCCACAAAGACCUUUACAAGACAGAGACAGAACUUGCUACAGAACCUCGCUUGCCAGUGUUGUCUGCACAGGAAAUCUGGAGGUGUGGCUGGUUAGUGGUGAGAAUGAGUGCUCUGGCAGAGUAGAGGUCCGACAUGGUGCAGACUGGAAAACGGUGUGUGACACAGACUGGACCAUGAAGAAGGCUGAGGUGGUGUGUGAGCUGCUGGAGUGUGGCUACGCCGUAAACGCGACCGGUGCUGCCGCGUUCGGCCAAGGCAGCGGGUCAGAGGUGGACACCAAGGACUCGUGUUUUGACAAUGUGACGGCUCUGCAGCAAUGCUCGAUCAAAGGUUUCACAGCGGGAACAUGUGGGCAUGAACACGACGCUGGCGUUCUCUGUGCUGCACAGCUUCGUUUGGUCAGCAGUCUCAGCCAAUGCGCCGGCAGAGUGGAGAUCCUGCAUAAAGGCCAGUGGGGGACUGUGUGUGAUGAUGAGUGGGAGAUGAGCAACGCCGACGUGGUGUGCAAGCAGCUCGGCUGUGGCAUCGCGGUGUCUGCUCCCACAUCUGCCCACUUCGGUAAAGGCACUGGACCAAUAUGGCUCGACAACGUGGUGUGUUCCGGUCAAGAGGCCGCUCUCACGCACUGCAAGCAUCACGGGUUUGGAGAACAUAACUGUGGGCACCAUGAAGAUGCUGGUGUCAUCUGUUCAGGUUCUCUAGAAAAGCCCCGAAUCUCCUUGAGUCCUGGUCCGGAGGUGAACUGGGGCGACAACGUUGAAAUCACCUGCACUAUAGUAACAGAGCACUUAGGUGGAACAUUUGUCCUGAGAAAGACACAAGAAUCCACCAAAUUGGAGAUGUUCUUUGAACAUGAAGCUGCUACCUUCAUCUUUUCUAAAGUGGACUUCAACCACACAGGGUCAUACUUCUGUGAAUAUCACAAGAAACUACAAGAUCAAGACAUCUCCUACCCUCAGGGAAACACUGUUGAUCUUUUUGUCACAGUGAAACUGGGGAAGCCCAGCAUCUCCCUGACAUCUCCUCAGGCCAUGGUGAUCUACAGCCCAGACAAGAUAUCUGUCACCCAGGGAAGCAGCUUCUCCAUCACCUGCUCGACGUAUUCUACAUACGCUGAAGGCGUUUUCCACCUAAUGUGGUCUGACAAGCGAUCAAGUGAAACUCAGCCGGCGUUCACUUACUUCAUAUUCAGUCAGGCCAACUUUGACUUUGCAACGAUAGGCUAUGAACACCAAGGAGAGUACACCUGUGUCUACAGUGUUAACAUCUCCUCAUUGCCCUUCUGCUCCGCUCCUUCCAAGACUCUCCAAGUCACUGUCCAGGCCCCGUUGUCCUUAACUGUCGGAGGAGUUGUUGGAGGUGUCGUGGUCUUGCUGGUGGUGCUGGUUAUAGGAUACCUGGUCUCGAGAAAUAGAUGGAGGGCUGCUGGUACAACAGUUCAGUUUCAAAACAGGUUCGGAGCAGCAAUGAGGCCAAAUGUGGAAGACAGAAGCGAUGGAGUGCUUGAUGGAAGAGAAUGGAAUAUGCAUUCGAAUGUAAACAAUUGCCGUACAGAAGCCAAGAAUCAAGAUGGCAAGACCAUCCUCGAAGACAUGGAUGGGCGAGUGUGCUACGAGCUCGAACCACUCGUUUGCAUAGGGCCUAAAUGAAACAGGACCCAAUGGAAAAAUAUUGACUGUUUUUUGCUCCAACACAAAGUAUGAGUUUGAUCAGCAUCACAUGAGUUAUAAGCAGAUAGAUUGGUAUAAUCCAUAGCUUGUUUUGUUAGGAUCUAGACUGUAUUUUAUUGUUUUGAGAUGAUUCAUACUUGUUGGAAGAUUACUGCAUUUAUUCAUUGAAACAUUGUGGCAUUUAUUUUGCUGAUUUGCUGUAACUUCGUUAGCUGUAUCCAUUGUGUGCUCCUUUCUGCUCUGCAAGAAAAGGGAGUACCAGUGUGUAGCAUACUUUUCUGAUAGUCUUGGUGCUUGUUGCUUGUGCAGGAAAUAUUUUUUCUAUUUGCUGUGUAAUCAAGCACCUCCCCAGGUGGAAACUAAUUAUGAGUAAUAAUAUAAUUAUUAUGUAUUAUGAGCUUACUAUUUUCUUUUUUCAGUGAGAGGAAGUUGCCUACUGUAGCUGUAAAUUGCUCAAUCCUUGCAAGUAAAAAGGGUUUUUGUUUAUAAGUUCAGUAAAACUACAGUUUUUUUUACUGACCCAGAUAAAGCAGGUGGGCAGGAGUGCAGCUUCUGCUCAAGCACCUGACCUAGAGUAACCUGACCUUGGGAAAGUGAAGGUUUAGAGGGGAGCUGCCCCGCCCUGGGAUAAAAAGGCAGCGUAACAAGUGUCUUCACUUUGUUUUGGAUUAUGAUUGGAUAAAAAUAUAAUAAAAUAAUGGUAAAAAAACACCCUAAAAGAUCAAGAUGAUGAUCUAAUGUCUGGAGAGCUGAAUCCCAACCCGUGAGCAACAGGUUUAUAAGGUGAUGUUGUAACCAGAAACUCUCAGUCUGACUUGUCUUCUGUCACUUUUCUGUGGAAUAAACGCUUUGUCAACCUUG